AUGGAACUGGAUGUGAUUAUUAGCCAACUUUAUAGGGUCGGUGGCAGUGUCUCUCUACUCCAUAACACACGUUUGCAGAAGUCACGGCACUUCUUCGCUGCCUUGAGGUUUAUGGCAGUUGCUGCAGAUUCAACAGUUUUGCCAACAAUUUCAGUUUCCCACUACUUGGGACUCACAAAGAGUCAAAGGAUCUCAUCAACAAAACACCAUAUGCAUGAUUGA